GUUUUAUAAUAAAAAAAACAGAACCAAAUAUUACGGCGCUGCUUCGUGGCGGGAGAAAUACAACAGCCAGUAGAACUAUCAAUGGCGGCGUCGACGUCAGCCCUAAAUAACACUACUCCAUUAUCAAAUACUCCGAACGCCGCCUCUCCCGCCACCGUCGCCGCACCAAUUCCGUCCAAACCCAAAUAUAUAUCUCCAUCGCGCGUUCAAGUGAGCCAAUGUCGCGCGUUCAAGUUGAUUUUUAUCUCUCCAUAGUCUAGAGCUAAACAAAGAAAGACCCAGAUGUUUAAACAGCUCUUAUCGGCAGCCAAUUCCCUAAAAUCCCGAAGGGUUAACAUUUAUUGCUCUUUCUAUUCAAAUUAUGCGGAAAUUCCAAACUCAUUCAUCACUCUUUGUACCAAAGGUCAUCUUAAGGAAGCAUUCGAGAGUUAUACAUCAGAUAUUUGGUUAGACCCAGCUCUUUUCUCUCAUCUUCUCUUAGGAUGUGUACAGAAUCGAUCUUUUUCUCUAAUCAGACAACUUCAUUCUUUAAUUAUUACAUCUGGUUCCUACAAAUACAAGUUCGUCUACAACCAUUUACUCAAUGGCUACGCCAAAUUGGGUCUGUUAGAAACUGCCACCAGGUUGUUCCGUGUACUACCCAAUAGAAAUAUUAUGUCUUGUAACAUUUUAAUCAAUGGGUUCGUUCAAGUUGGGGACUUGGAUGGUGCGCGUGAGGUGUUUGACGAAAUGCCUGAGAGGAAUGUGGCAACAUGGAAUGCUAUGGUUGCUAGCAUGACCCAAUCUAUGUUGAAUGAAGAAGGAUUGAAUUUGUUCUUUCAAAUGCAUGUUUUGGGUUUCAAACCAGAUGAAUUUACUGUUGGUAGUGUUCUUCGUGGUUGUGCUGGUUUGAAGUGUUUGACUGCAGGUAGACAGGUUCAUUGUUACGCUGUAAAAUCUGGCUUGGAAUUCAAUAUGGUUGUUGGUUGCUCUUUGGCUCAUAUGUAUAUGAAAUGUAGGUGUUUGGAAGAUGGGGAACGAGUGAUUAGAGCAAUGCCGGAUCGUAAUUUGGUUUCUUGGAAUACAUUAAUUGCUGGAAGGACUCAAAAUGGAUGUGCCGAAGGAGCCUUGGAUCAAUACAGCUUAAUGAGGAUGGCUGGUUUUAUGCCUAAUAAGAUCACGUUGGUUAGUGUUAUUAGUUCAUGUUCUGAAUUGGCAACAUUAGGACAGGGUCAACAACUUCAUACAGAUGCAAUGAAAUGUGGUGCCUGGACAGAUGUUGGUGUUGUUAGCUCCUUAAUAAGCAUGUAUUCAAGAUGCGGGUGUUUGGAUGAGGCUGUAAAAGCUUUCACCGAGAGAGAAGAAGCUGAUGUUGUUUUGUGGAGCUCGAUGAUAGCUGCUUAUGGUUUCCAUGGGAAAGGAAUGGAGGCUGUUGAGUUAUUUGAUAAGAUGGUGAAGGAUGAUUUGGAGGCAAACGAUGUUACGUUUCUUAGUUUACUUUAUGCUUGUAGUCAUUGUGGGUUGAAAGAUAAAGGGAUGGAAAUAUUUAAAUUGAUGUCAGAUAAGUAUGGAAUCACACCGCAAGUAGAACAUCAUACGUGUGUUGUUGAUCUUUUAGGACGAUCUGGCCGGUUAGAAGAAGCAGAAGAGUUGAUAAGAAGUAUGAAAAUCAAGCCGGAUGCUAUCAUAUGGAAGACCUUACUAUCUGCAUGUAAAACUCACAAAAAUCCGAAUAUGGCCAAAAGAAUAGCUGAAGAAGUUCUGAGAAUCGAUCCUUACGAUUCUGCUUCUUACGUUCUUCUGGCGAACACUCAGGCUAAUGCUAAAAGAUGGAAUGAUGUUUCUGAAGUGAGGAAAGCUAUGAGAGAUAGGAGUGUUAAGAAGGAGCCAGGUGUGAGUUGGUUUGAGUGGAGAAACCAGAUCCAUCAAUUCCUUAUGGGUGAUAAAUCCCACAAACGAUUGGUUGAGAUUGACAGUUAUUUGAAAGAGUUGACUGCGGUGUUGAAGUUGAAGGGAUAUGUACCAGAUAUAGAAGGCUCGGUUUUACACGAUAUGGAUUCUGAGGAGAAGGAAUAUAGUUUGGCUCAUCAUAGUGAAAAGUUGGCAAUCGUUUUUGCUUUAAUGAUUAUUCCAGAGGGCUUACCUAUUAGGGUGAUGAAGAAUCUUCGGGUGUGUGGUGAUUGUCAUGUAGCUAUCAAGUAUAUUUCUCUGAUAAAGAACCGAGAAAUUAUUGUGAGGGAUUCUAGCAGAUUUCAUCAUUUCAAAGAUGGGAAAUGUUCGUGUGGUGAUUAUUGGUGAAGAUAUUGUGAUAUGAUUCUUCGUUGGUAGUACUAGACAAUCUGAGACAGCUCCUAAAAACAAUUGUUCAUUUUGAAAAUAAUUGAAGAUGGACUUGAAUUGGAUGAACAAUGAUUAUGAUCAAAGUGUGGAGUUGUUUGAUUAAGGAAAGGUAUUAAUGGCUUGGUUUGAUAGGUCUCACUGAAGUUCAUUGGGAUUUGGAGGGAAAGAAGGAUGAAAUCAUAGGGAAUUAUAAGGGAGAGACAACAAACAAGUUCCAUUGUAUUGUUACUGUGUUAAAGCAGAGAAGCACAAUAUCAUACACUCUAAACCAUAGAGUAACACAUUCCUUGUUAAUUUUUUAAAGAUCAAUCUUACUUCUAUCAUUUUACCAUAAAUUUUAGUAUUUUACUUUCAAUUUACGAUGUAUACAUCAUUUUACACCAUAAAUCAUAGUCAACAUAAACCUCCUUUUUUUAUUUAUCAUAAGGCUAUACUU